ACAAACAAGAGCAACGAGCAUGUAGAUAACGGCGAAGAUCCGAUCGACGGCCGUGGAAGGAUAGAGGUAAGAGAAGUAAUCGACGGCGGUGAUGAAUGCGUUCCAUGGAAGAAGAAAGCCAACGCCGAGGGUGAAGUAGAUGAUGUAAGCGAAGUGGUAGGAAUCAGAAGGAGCUUUUUUGGUAGAUCCUUCGUGAGGAUUGAGGAGAAGAGAAGUCUCCGGUCCGGCUUCCGAGUCAGUUACGAUUCCGGCGGAUUUAUCGGUGGUGGUCAUUUGAAUUUGUUUAGUUUCUCUCAGUUUUGGGGAUUUUUGGGAAAUUCGUUGACUAAUGGGAGUCAUUAA